AUGGCACCUGAAAAAGUUGCAGCUCUUACGCUACCUUAUUCUAGAAUCUCGCCAGAUUCCAGGUGGUCCUCAUAGAAGUUCGUGCUUUAUUGGUGACUGUAGACAGACAGUGGCAAGGCAAUGAAAACUGUGUUAAAAUUCUGUGGUGACCACUCGAAGGUACCGAUCGAGCUGCUGCAUGCUUGGUAACUGCUUCAGGUGGCACCAAGUCCGGAUCAGCUAACGAAGAUGGAACAUUGCCAAACCAAAUCAGCUGACGGGGAAGAGCUCGACUUGCUUCCUGUACCACGAUGGGUUUUCGCAAAUCUAGGCUUCGCUGUCGAAUUCUGCAGUUAUAUAAAUGGGUAUCUGCGGGUUGCAGAUCAUCAACCAGUCCGCAACAAUCUCUCUAUCGCCUCGAGUUCUCAUCUCCCGCAAAUUAUUUUUCGUCAGUGCUGUUAGCUGAAAAUGGCUCGCCAGGGAAGAAGCAAUGCAGCUCGCACUUUGGUCCUGCUCGUCUGUGUUAUGGUUUUGUCCGAAAGGGCGGCAGCUGCUACUCUGAAUGUCGGAGGACUCAAGGGCUGGAAUUUGGGCGUCGACUACAAAAGUUGGGCAGCCACGACGAGAGUGAAGCCGACCGACUCUCUUUUUUUCAAGUACGACCCACGGCUACACAACGUGAUGGUCGUCAGCAAGGCGGACUACGACACCUGCAAGACGAGCGCUCCUUGGUCCAAGCACACAUCCGGAAAAGACACCAUCAAGUUCACCAAGCCAGGAACUUAUUACCUCAUCUGUGGAGUUGGCACGCACUGCAAGGCCGGCAUGAAGGUGGCUGUCACUGUUAGAUGGUAAACGGAUGAGUCUCUCAUAUUGGGACUCCGCUUGCGAGUCACGAUUUAUAUGAAUCUCGAACAUCAGAGAGGUUCCUUAACCCCGCUUUGUCGACAGAUUGGAUUGCCAGCUUCAGUUGGCGAUUUCGAGCUGGAGAUCAAUGCGUGACGGGUCUAACCGACUGAUCAUUAUGCAAAUUCUUGCUCACACUAAGCAACUGAAACUGCGUUUGUCUGAACUCUUUAGCCUAUUUCUGAGACUGACAGUCUUCUAAAUCUGCUAAUCGAUAGCAACCGGUACAAUAGCGGGGCAUCAGUGUCUAUAGUUAGUUCAAGAGGUCCACUCGUAGAUUCAGAAGAAUAAAAUGCUUAGGUGAAUAGGAGCGAGUAUUUUAGCUAGAUGAUGCAUCUUGGCACACAGUCAGACUGCCUCAGGUGUAUGUAUGUUCACGGCGAGAGUAUUUUGUAGCUCAAACGCCAACAAUCGACACUUUUUAACAUGAAGUUGAGCUGGCCAUUUGCGAGUCGGCCAUCUUGAGGCACAGACAUUUCCAGUGUACAAGU